AUGCAGAGAAUUAGGGUUACGACUUUGGUGGUACUGCUGGUAUGCUACUACACAAAUGGGAAAAGUAUUUUCCGAAAAAGGAAAAUCAUUUAUGGUUCUCCCCAUUUGCUAAAUGCCCCUGACGAUGAAGCGAGCAGGUUCCCCUCCCUGGACAAUUUAAAGGAAAAGGAACCACAGAGCAGGAACGAGGAUGGAGUGUAUGGAAUGCGUAGCCACUUUGUCGUGAAGGAAGGGAUGAAUAAUGUGAAGGAGGUGAAAAAUGGGUCGUUCAUUCUUUUAAGUGAAAAGGUGAAAGACACCCCCUCAGAGCACGAGGAAGAGGAGGAAGAUAGCCACGACAAUGCUGACCAUGCGAAUAACAACGGGAGUUCACAGAACCAUGGAGACGACAACGGCGAGAGCGAGCACAAUGGCAACGAAGAGGACCACGCGGAAGGUGAGCACGAGCACUCGGACAACGGUGACAGCCACGACGAGAACGAGAACGACAACAAUAACAACAACAAUAAUAACAACAACAAUAACAAUAACAACAACUAUAACAACGUGAGCGGCGGCUACUCCACGGCCCUUCCGCCUCCUCCCCCUGUUGUGCCACCUCCCCCACCUCCACCCAUGACUCCCUCGGGCAUCGUCGGCAACGUCGUGUCAAACGUCUUCACCGCUGGAUUGAAGUUUCUUGGCGUCCCAUAG